AUGCUAUACACAGAUGACGGGCGUGGGUGUGGACGGAGGAAAACUAACAAACCAUCAUCUCCCUCACCCCCUACCACUACCACCUCACGUCUUUGUGCACCGGUGAGACCAUUGAUUUCGGGAUUUUUCUUAAGACAAAAACCCGACUACACCGACACAACUGCCACGAUCGUAUCGGACUCGGCCGGCGUACAUAGUUCUAUACGUACAUAUGUGUGUGUGUGUGUGAUAUUAUCAUCACCUGCUGAGGCAAUGACAUUUUGCCCCGAGAAAUAA